AACAAUUGAAUUUUCCCUUCAAACUCCUGCGAGCUUAAAACGCGGCGCCGAUAAGAAGAUUAGAGCGAUUUUUGUUGCGAAAAUAUUGCAAAAUUAUUUCGUUCGCGCAAAAUCGCCAAUGGGUUCUUCCAUCAAAAUAAUCCUCGCCAGAAUGAUGGUGGCCUUGGUGCUGUUGGUGGGCACGCACUGUUGCGCAUCGACCUCGUCGUCCCGGCCGGCCACCAACUCCGCGAAUUCCGCAUCACCAUCCCAUACGCAGGUUGACUUUUACUGCCGAAAGGACGCCUGCCCGGGUGGGGUGGCCAACGUUGGAUGCCAGUGUGGCACGGGUGCGUCGUACGGGGCCGGGUGUUCCGGUAAGGCCGCUCAGAAAAUCGCCCUCGAUCAGCGUACGAAGGAUUUAAUCCUGCGAGAGCACAACUUGAAGCGCAACCUGAUAGCCUGCGGAUCCAUCGAGCCUUUCGAGCCGGCCGCCAGGAUGGCAGAAGUGACGUGGGACGCCGAGCUGGAACACUUGGCCUGGUGUAACGUGAGACAUUGCGCCUAUGGCCACGACCACUGCCGCAGCACGAGGGCGUUCCACUUUGCCGGACAGAACAUCGCCCAGAGGACGGCCUGCCACGCGGGUGAUGGAAAGCUGCUGCUGCCACCGGCCAUGAAGCCAGACGAGACCAUCCGCAAAAGCAUCGGCACUUGGUUUCAGGAGCACGGCAAUGCCACUCUCGGCAUGAUUGACCGAUUUCCAGCGAAUGUUACGGGCGGUCCCAUCGGUCACUUCACCGUCAUGGUCAACGAAAAAGUCCGCCGGGUGGGAUGUGCCCUCAUCGCGUACCACGUGCAGCGCCAGGACCUGGGGACCAGUGCCAGGCGACCCAGAAGGAUGGUCUGCCUGGUGCACUACCUCGUGUGUAACUAUUCGCAUACUAAUUUUCUGCAGCAAAAAACCUACACCAAAAGUCCGGAACCGGUGCAGAACUGCAGCCUCUACUCGGCGGAAUAUUCCUGUCUGUGCAGCAGCCGGGAACCGUUGCUGGCCAGCGGAGGAGGAGCAGCUGGAGCUGGAACCUAUUAGCAAUUGAAAGAGCUGACCUGAGCGAAUGGAACGAAUUUCAAUUAUCGACCACAGAGUAGGGAAAAUUGCGAAUAAAGACAAGUUUGAUAUGGAUGGGGAGUGCUGAAUGGAUGCGAACGAAUUAUGAAGGAUGUCCUCGAGAUAGAAUUAAAUUACCUAACAUUGGCUAGCGAAAUUCGGCCUUUCAUACGGACUAACGUUUUUAUUUUACAAAUUUCAAUUUCGUUCAAUCCUAGGAAUUAUCCAUUUUUUUUUUCUUGACCAAGCAUCCACAAAAUGGGUCUAAGGGGAAACAGGACAUUUCAAACAAAAA